CUUGCCCGCCACAUAUCCUUGCAAAUGUGGCGCAGCAUCCGCCUCAGCUGCUUAAAGAACGCCCUGAACAUGAGGGGUACAGUACCCACUGCCUAUACAUCUGCUACUGGGUCGCAUCCAAGGAUUCGAGAACCCUAUACAUCCUUUGAAAACGUUCCACGAGUAUCACCACAUGGCCCUGCAGUUAGAGCCCAACGGUCUCUACCUCCUCCUAGCAGAUCGAGAGUCCAGCUCGACGUUUCACUGGGGUCUCUACCUUGCCAAAUCUCCGACUGACGGCACCAUUUUUAAUCUCAUCAACUUCCCAAAUCCGAAUGUUUACAGUUAUGAAGUCAAGUCGGACCAAAAGGUCAUCACUUCCAGGCGAUACCUUUUGGCGUUGAAGGUGGGAGAUCUGCACCCCGCACUGCACGGCCCGUUGGAGACCCGCCUGUCGCAGAUCCCUAUCCAGUAUUCGACGCGCUUCCAUGAGGCUAUGACUUGUCGCGUUUGGGUUAAGGAAGCUCUCUUUGCGUUGGAUGAUGAAGGCUAUAUCAAGCUUGUUGAAAGCAUCAAUGGUAUCGAAGCGGAGGCUAGGUUUGCUGCGAUGUUAAAUAAGGCCAACGGGAAAAGAACUGUGGGUAAAAGUCGUGGAUAUGUCGUGUGAUGAAGAUUCGGGCAAUUAUGUUCUUCCAAGCGAUGCUGAUAUCCUCAUUGCUUGAUCUGCUUCUACGCCUCCUUGACUGUUGCGACCUUCAAUCCACGCUUCCAGCUAGUAUUGAUGGGAUAAAGCC